AACCCCCUUCUCCGCCUCCAACCUCUCCCCUUUCUCCUUCCUCUGCAAUUUUCCUCCAGGACUCACAAGCUUUCACUAACAUAGAUCACAUACAGCAACCAAAAACAAGAAAAACAUAUAUCACCCAGUUCUGCAAACGAGCCCCAAGAACCGCUAACCAUCUGACAAUCCAACCCCAAUCAUUCACAUGUAGCCAAGAAUCGAAAAGAUACAAUCAUAGAAACAACCCUGGUGAUUCAUGGUAGUAGGGUCGUGUCGAGCCCAGAAAACAUUGAGCAGGGCGUCGUAUAUAGCUACACUCCUUAGGAUCAAACUGAACCCUAACCACCUCAGAGUGGCUUGUAGUACCGGUGCAGAUGUCCUCGUAGGUAGGAUUGUGGAGGAGACCCUGAGUAUACCAGACCUCCGUCUUUGUAACGCCGGAAACCCUCUUAAACACCAAUUCAACUCCCCAGAAGCACCCAGCUCCGAAUUGGCCGAACUGCUGGCCGGGGGCGGGGAAUCGUCGGGUCCAUGGCGGACGGGUUGGGGGACCGGACGCCGAACCCGAGCUUGUUGAGGAUGUUCAUGGUGGUGGGCUGGGAACGGGAGAUGGGUCUAGAAGAGAUAGGCUUUGAGGUGGGAAGAGGAAUACCUCAAAACCUAAUUUCAUAUCCAAUAAUUUCUAGAGAUGCGAAUUUUGGGCAAACGAGCAAAGUGGGUCCUCUGAUUGAGCUCAAAGUCGCAAGGGAUUCCUUCAGCGCUGACGUCCGGAUUCAACGUCGCGAUUCGAAGGGUCGGAUUCGGCGGAGGAUGGUGGAAGUGCCGGGGAAGAAGCUUUUUGUUAAGAAUUUUUUUUUACUUUUUUUUUCCAUAAAUGAUAUGAUGUGUCAGCUGACGUGGCCGCCACAUAUGUGCCAUGUAACCAACGGUCAAGAUUUCACUGAUGACCGUUAGGUCAACCGUUAUCUUUAACGGUCAACAAAAUUGCUAGGACAUAAAUGACACACAACAACCAUACGUUAUGACACAAAUGUCAUAUCGAGUACUUUAGGACACAAAUGACACAAAGUUAAUAGUUCGGGUUUCCUAGUGGUAUUAGCCCUAAAUCUAAAUAAUGGUUCAAACACCAAACAUUUUAUAUGGUGUUGGCAUGUAUAUCUAAUUUCAUAAUCGAAAAUCUUGGUAAGAGAAGUUAAGGUAAUAGUGGUGAAUUUGGCUAUCCCGGAUCUCAAAACCAAACUUCCAGUCCUAAUUCUAGCCGUUAUUAUUCCAUUGUUUUAUUCGCGAACGAAGACUUGAUCAAGCGAUUUCAAUCACUAGUUUUCAACUUAUAUAUUCCGUAUUCGGAUUGUAGGAUGAACUUCCCCUUCCCUCGCAGACCGCCCUACAUUAGGAUGUCAACAAAAUUAUUGUUCAUUCAUUAACAAGGGAUAUUAAUCAUUGUCGUAUUUAAGGGCACUACUUCAGGUGAAUAACCUAUGGCUAUGUUACUCACCACCCACUAGAUGACUGAUUCUCAAUCUUUAGAUAAAUCUACAUGGACUUUUUCUAGUAUGCUAUUUUUCUUCUACGGGUGGUAGUGUUUUUAGUUUAAUUCAAACUUUUUUACAGUAUUAGUAUCUUCCCAAAAUCAAAUGACAUUUCCUAGAUUCAUUGAUUCAAAGUAAGAUGAGCACUCAACAUGUUAGUAGGGAUCAAUAAAAAUCAUUUGAUGGAAUAGUAAUUUUGAUAACAAUAGAUUCAUUGAAUGAAGGCUUGGAUACGCUGGGCUUGGGGGAUGGUAAUUAGAUUGAUGAUGGUUUAAGUAGAUAGAUACCCUGUUUGAUGGUUGUGUUAUCAGUUUGAGAUGCACCAAACAAUUUGUUUGGACGCUCGUUCUUAAUGAAAAUUUUGAUUUAACCUUGUAAAAAAAAUAUUAUAAUCAACAAAAUGUAGUUCAAUGUUUAAAUCGACAUGAUAUGCUUUUGGAUUCGAUUCACACAUAUUGUCUAUAAUUUUAAUGAAGUUUUUAUAACAAGCAACCACCACCAACAAACCUAUAAAUUUGGCAACAAAGAAAAUGGUCACCAAAUAUGGAUACUUUAGUCGCAUUUAGUAUCCAGUGAUCUAAAUUAUUGUGUCACACAUAUGGUGGACUAAGCGGAGUAGCCACUCAUAGAGAAUUUUUACUAUGCUAUAUAGUAUUAGUGCUUUAAUGUACAAUUUAAAGUUGUACCAUAACAUUAAAUGUAUAAGUUUAGGUUGUACCAUAAAGCAAUUUGUACCAUUAUGUUAUGGUAAAACUUUACAACUUGAAGUUAUACCAUCACAUAAAAGUACAAGUUCAAGUUGUACCAUAAAAAAAUUUAUACAAAAAGUAUAGGUACAAUCUGAAAUUGUACCAUAACGUAAAUGUACAAUUUUAAGUUGUACCAUAAAGGCAAAAUCAUAUAGUACCAAUACUAUAUAGCAUUGUAAAAUUUCUCCUCUUCUAAAAGGAAACAACAUUUAUAUCCCUCUCACUCCCUGUUAUAUAUAAUGUAUAAUUUGGAUAGAUGUAGGGUGGCUAUACGGUCCGGUCCGGUUUUUUCAGGAAUAUAAGGACCAAAGAUUGGAUUGGAUAUAGUCCGGUCUUGAUCCGAUCCGAUCCCAAUUUGAUCUUGAUUUUAGGUGUUGGGGGUCUCUUAUCCGGUCUUUAUCCGGUUUUUUACCUCAAAUCUAAGCCCGAAUAUGAGAUUGGAUUGUUUGCUAUCCGGUCCCGAUCCGGGUUAUACGGUCCGGUUUCGUGUAAAACCAAACAGUCUGGACCAGAUAGCCAGCCCUAGAUAGAUGGAUCUCAAGGCUCUCAAGAGGAAGAAACACUGGUUUAGUUGCGGUGUAAAGAAGUAGGAAACGAAACGACUACAAGUUUUUGCUACUCUUUUUCUAUUACCCAGAAUUUUGGCAAUACGUAUCAUUUUGUUAUAGCGGGUUCUACUAAAUCUGGGGUUACCUACAAUCAAUUUCGAUGCCAACCGAGUUUUGCUAUCAGCAGCCUCAUACCUCCAGAAACACCAACGAAACUCGCUUCAAUCGAACCUAGGAUAUACAAUUCUCAAUCUUUCACUAUUCCAUCAGUUUUACCAUUAGCCUAUCUUACCUUUAGUGCUACUCCUUUUUCCAAUUAAUAAGGAGUGGGUUUUGGAACAGAUACAACUUGCUUGUAUUAUUUUUUAAUAAUUUUUUAGAUUUGGAUUUCCACCCAUUAGCUAUAGGAAUGCGUUAGAGUGGUUACUCAAUUUUGAGUAACCACGGUGGCUACUAACAUCUACCCUCUUAAUUAUAUCUAUUUCAUCCUAUUUUUAAGUUGACGGUGAAGAUUAUAUGAAGGAUAAUUUUAGAAACGAAAAUAAUACCACACCUGAUUACUAUUCUUUAAAAAAUUAUUUUUAUAUAUUGUACCGCAAACCCUAAUGCAAACGCCUCCUCCUUCUCCUCCCCUUGUAUCUGCCAGCGGCCCUUCUUCUCCGGACAAGAAAUUGUAGCCGCCCCUCCCACCCGACUACAGCUCUUCUUCUCCCCAGCCUCCCGCCUUCUCCCCUUCCCCCGCCGUCCCCACACCACACCUCCCACGCCGUCCUCAAUGAAGCCGUAACUCUCAAUUUCCCCUCUUAACAAAAAGAAAUCGAUUCUCUAUCUAUAAGCUGGAAUUAUUUGAACAUGUCUCUACCAACAACAUCAGGUUAUUUUCUUUUCUUUCUGUGAUUAUGUUUGUGCUAGUGAGUAUUGAGGAUGAGGAAUGAUGUAUGUGUUCUUGUAAAGUUGCUGCAAAUAGGAAUAAUCUUCCGUGAUUCUUCGUUAAAUGAUUUGUUCUUGUGUUUUUUUUUUUUACGUUUUCAAUUUUGAUAUUGAGGAACUAUUUUUGGUUGGGUACUAUUUUCCAUGUAUUAUUGCUUGCUUUGAUACGAGUGAUCAUUCGAUCAUUUUGUUGCAGUAUAAUUAGCUCUUAUAAUUUUAUAAUUUAUAUUUUAUUUUCUCUCUUCCAAGUACAGGUCAUAUGAGUCCCAAAACACGAGGUAUGAAUAAUAUGGCCGAAAAAAUGAAGUGUCAUAUAUAGGUAUGAAGUUCGAUGGCAAUGACAGUGCGUAUGAAUUUUAUAAAGCAUAUGCCCACAGUAUAGGUUUAAAUGUAAAGAAGCGCUAUAUCAAGCGAACGCGAGCAGGUCAAGUGAGGAGAAUAACAUUUUGUUGUUCCAAAGAAGGCAAAAAGGUUUUGAUAAAAGCCGUGAGAAUGUGGCUUUUGUGAACCAAUUACAAGAAUCAGUUGUUUAGCACAAUGACUUGUCAACUGAAAAAGGAUGGCUUGCUGGAGAUUGUUUCUUUUGGAGCAAAUCAUAAUCAUGAACUUGCCCCCCACUUCAAUGAAGCACAUGCUAAGGUGAGUGAGAUCCAACAGAAAGAUAAGUUAUGUUCAAAAGGCUAUUGUAAAUGGUGCUGAGAGAACUGGGUUGCCAAUUAAGUCAACUAUCGAUUUACUAGCAAUACAAAGUGGAGGUUGUCAAAAUAAUUGUCUUUUGGAAGCUAGUUCUUCUGGAAUGUUCUUGGAAAUGGGUAUAUUGAUCGUUGAUGAUCGCUCGUGGGGGUGCCAAAUCUGGAGAAAAGUUUCUGCAAGAACUUGGCUACACUAUGCGACUCAUUAUUAGGCAAAAUUUUCCAUGAUACAACUAUCUCUAGAUAAGUAGUUCUUUUUUUCUCAUUUUUACGGAAGAUACAGUUCAUCCUAAGAAGAAAAAAAACUUUGAAAAAGUAAGCCUCAUUUUCAUAAUUAGAAAUUUAUGAAUGAAUCAAACGACAUAGCAUUCAUACAUAUAAAAUUCUUAUAAUCAAUAAGAUGUAGUUCAGUGUAUAUAUCGACAUGACAUACUCUUGGAUUCGAUUCAUACAUAUCAUGUAUCAUUCUAAUGAAGUUUUUAUAACAAG